AUGAUUAAAAUUAAAGCAGGUCAUAGUAACAAGUCAAAUUUUAUUAUUAUUGCUGUUUUUAAUAUCUCUAACAAUAAUUUAAUGAUAUAUGAUGAUACACCUGAUGAUUUUACUACUUUAGAACUAUCACAAAGGUCACAUUUUAGCUCGAAAAGGUCUCAAUUUAAAUUAGGUAAUGUCUAUGAUCAUUCUAAAAGCUCAGAUAAGGACAAGAAUAAGGAUGAUAAAGAUCAUGAAAUUAAAAUUUUAUUAUCAUACAAUGUGAAAAAAGAUUCAUCACUUGUCAAUAUGUUUGCCUCUUCUCUGAUGAUGAAAUCUGCUACUAUUACGCUAAAUGAUGAAAAGAAUCUGGCUCAACUUUGGCAUGAAGAGAUUAACAAUGAUGUGAAAGAGGUCAUUUAUUACUCUAAAAGGGUUCUAACAGAUUUUUGCAAAGCAGAAAUUGAAGAAUUUUUGUCUAAAGAAAUUAUUGAGCAAAUUUUAGGCAGAUACUUAAAAGUCAUAGACAAAAAUAAGCUUAAAAAAUGUGGGACCAUAGAAAAGCUCGUAUUGUUUAUUAGAGAGUAG